UUGGAUUUGGCAGUUCUGCCACGAUGAAGUGUACAAAUGUGGCCAUUCUUUUGACACUUAGGUCGUUUAAAUUGUUUUAAUUCAUAUUACUCAUAUUCUCUCUCAGUGAUUUAGUAUCUAGACUAAGAUGCAGGCCAACGAAGGUAAACAAAUACGCGUUUAGAUUUAUUUUUAAAGGGAAAUGGCAUCCAGUGCUCAUGAUGAAGUUCAACUCAACAAGAAACAUGAAGAAAUCAUGUUCCUGUCCUGCAGUUUGGGAAAGAGAGCUGUUUUACUGCAACAGAUGGAGAAUUGCUAUAAACAGCAGAAAGCCAAAAAAAAGCAGCAAGCCAACAUGUCUCAAACUGCACGUGAAAGAAAUGCCAAAAUACUGGAGGAUUGUCAGAAAUUGAAAGAUCGCCUUCGGACCCGACCACUCCUGCAUCCUGAUGUUCUCAGCCUGCAGACUCAAUAUUGGGCAUCAGUGGAGCAGAAGCUGCCAGAAUGGGAGAGCUACUUGUUAGGUAAGGGUCCGGCGCCGGUGAGUGACGCGAGUCCACAUGAAGGACAGAAUAGUACGAAGCAAACCUCGCCUGGACGAACCGGGAGCAGGUCGUCCCAGCCUAAAGCCAGAUCUCCUGUCUGAUGUCAUUUAAAGCUUUUUGGGCCUUUUGGAUGGUCAAACAAGCAUUUCAGACGAGCUGUGUGAAGAACAAUCAACUUCAACCUGUUUUUGUGCAACAACAUUAAUGAAAUACAUUUAUAAACUAUAUGAAAUCAAU